AUUCAUUUACGAAUGCAUAUCGGGACUAUCGGCCAACGAGGUAGCUAUCGGCCGAAUCUGCAAAAUAACUUCCGGACUGCCGUGACCAGCUGUGACUGCUGUGACUACUUCUUUUCGAUGCAACUGCUGCUUACCGUGGGUGUAGUUGGAGUCAGUACCUCUUUCAAAGGCUUCUGGACUUCUCAUUCAACAAACAGGCAUCACGAGUGGUCCCGUCCGUCCUUCGGGAUCUUUUGAGCCUCAGUACAAACCCGACGGCAGGCAGCAACUAGAAUGGAACCGAUACAGUCCUCAAGUCUCGAUGAUGUAGCAGCACAGUUGGGGGAGACCAGCUGCCACCUGAAAGCUACUGAGGACAUCUGGUUCAGAUGCUGUUCCUGCAUUUACUUCACCCGAGAUCAGCGUGGAAUUGUGAGCCACCUGGUUGCCCACAGUGAUGAACAAGUCAAGUGCCACAAUCUCCUGUCUUCCAGCUCCAGGUCUGAAGGGCACAACACUGAAAUGCACAGGGGUGAUAUGUUCUUUAAAUGUAACCUGUGCCCCCAAGCCUUUGAUGACGAUGCCAGUCUAACUGAAAAUAAUCAAACACACACAGCUGAAAACCCAUUCAAGUGCAAGCUUUGCCCCCAGGCCUUUGCUUGGAGUUCCACUUUAAAAAACCACAUUCUAACACACAAUGGUGAAAAACCUUAUAAAUGCAAGCUGUGCCCCCAGGCCUUUGCUCGGAGUUCCCAUUUGAAAGACCACAAUCGAACUCACAGUGCUGAAAAACCUUAUAAAUGCAGGCUGUGCCCCCAGGCAUUUGCUCUGAAUUCCUAUCUGAAACUCCAUAACCGAACCCACAGUGGUGAAAAACCUUAUAAGUGUAAACUGUGUUCCCAGGCCUUUGCUCGCAGUGCUGGUCUAGCCCACCACAAACGAUCACACAGUGAUGAAAAGCCAUUCAGGUGCAAGCUUUGCCCUCGGGCCUUUGCUCGGAAGUUUCAUUUAAUAGACCACAAUCGAACGCACACUGGUGAAAAACCUUAUAAAUGCAAGCUGUGCCACAAGGCCUUUGCUCGUAGUUCUCAUUUGAAAGACCAUAAUCGAACACACAAUCGUGAAAAACCUUAUAAAUGCAAGCUCUGCCCUCAAGCCUUUGCUCUAAAUUCCCAUCUGAAACUUCAUAAUCGAAUGCACAGUGGUGAAAAACCUUAUAAGUGCAAGGUGUGUUCCCAAGCCUUUGCUCGCAGUGGAAGUCUGGCCUACCACAUUCAAAUACACACUGGUGAAAAGCCAUUUAAGUGCAAGCUAUGUCCCCAAGUCUUUGCACGGAAGGGCUGGCUGAUGUGCCAUAAUCGUACACACACAGGAGAAAAGCCUUAUUUGUGCAAGCUGUGCCCAAAAGCUUUUUCGAGCCCGACUAGUAUGAGCCGUCAUAGGCGAACACACAGUGGUGAAAAACCUUAUAAGUGCAAGAUGUGCUUCAAAGCCUUUUCUCAGAAUUCUCAUCUGAAGAGCCAUAAUCGAACACACGCUGGUAAAGAAACCUUAUAAGCACUAGCUGCAUUUCUAAGCUUUUUCUUAUAAUUUCCACCUGAAAAAGUAUGUGGAAUGCUCACAAGCUUGUUCCAAAAGUCCAGUCUGACCUGUCGUAAUUGAAUGCAAGUGGGUGAAAAGUCCUUAAGUGCAAGCGCUGUUCCCAAGACUUUUCAAAGUUUCAGUCUGAAAUUGUGUGAUCUAAAGCACAGGUGAAAAUCUUAAGUGCAAGCUGUGUUCCCAAUCCUUUACCUGGAAGUUUUGAAGCUGUGCCCCCAAGCCUCUAAGAUUUUUCAUCAUCUGAGAAACCAUAAUUGGUCAAAAACGGUGGUGAAAAACUUUAUAAGCAUAAGCUGUGUUUGCAGCUUGCGCAUAUAAGGUGCUCACAGUGACAGUCUGAUUUAUCAGAAUCAAACAUACGCUGGUGAAAAUCCGUUCAAUUGCAAGCUGUACCCCAGGUCUUUUGACUUUCAUUUGGAAACCAUAAUCGCAUGCACACAAUGCAAUUGAGCUUCGACCGUAUUUUCAUGCGAUGCUGUGGUGCACUACCUCGUCAGUGGGGCAGCCAAGAUCGAAAUCAUGCCACUCCCCUCCAUGGCCAGAGAGGCUCUAUAAUGCAAUGUGCGAAGUGUUGCAUGCAGGGAUUUUUCUAAGUAUUUUGCUGUAAUUCACCUGUUUCCCCAAUACUACAAAGAAUGAAAACUGUUUUUUCUUGCGCAAA